GGAAGUAAACAGGAGAAGCUGUUUGAACGAAUUUGCAGCCACAUUAAGUAUUUUCUGUUGUCGUAACUCAGCUUUUUCGUUUUUUGAUAAAUAAAAAAACAUGUGUUCAGCGGAGAAUUUGAGAGGCUUUGUCGUCGAGCGGCUAACUGCUGCUGCUGAAGACAUUUUUGGAGUUUUUCAGAGAACUAUCGUCGAGUACGAGGCAGAGAUCGAUCGACAGCGCAGACUGCUGGAUACUGUUUUGAAACCUCACAUCAACUUACACAGAAUGGAUGUACCACAGCAAAAUGAGAGUAAAGAGGAGGAGGUGUUUGACCAGCAGCUCUGUUACCAGGAGAGGAACUUCAGUCUGCACCAAGAGGAGCCAGAGCCUCCACAGAUUAAGGAGGAGCAGGAGGGAGUAGAGCUCAUAGUGAAGCAGGAGACUGAAACAUUCAUGUUAAUUCCUAAACAACAAAAUGAACAGUACUUCCUCCCUCACAACUUCCAUGUCACUACAAAUCAAGAUCCCCAAAAAAGCAAGCAUGAUGACUUAGAUUCAAGAGGAACAUCAGCACCAACAAGAAUUGAGAAAACUAAAACAUCAGAGACUGAUUGUUAUCCUCACCAGAGUCAAAAGUCUUUCAAAUGUGAUACAUGUGGUGAAGAAGUUAAGAGCAAGUCAGCAUUACAGACACAUAAGCGUGUCCACAGUGGUAAGGAGACGCAUUCAUGCCAGUUUUGUGGAAAAAUGUUUAGCUACAAAUCUGAUUUGAUUAAACAUGCAAGAACCCACACAGGCGAGAGGCCAUAUUCAUGCAUUACUUGUGGAAAAAGUUUCAGUUUUAGCCAUGUAUUGAAGGACCACAUGAGAACACACACCAGUGAGAGGCCUUUCUCCUGCAGAACAUGUGGAAAAAGAUUCAUUCUGAAGGCACAUUUGAAAAAUCAUUAUAUAGUCCAUACACAUGAAAAGCCAUUUGCAUGUGAAACAUGUGGGAACACUUUCAGAGAUAAAACUGUGUUUAAACGUCACAUGAGAGUACACACAGGUGAAAAGCCGUACUCCUGUGCUGUCUGUGGGAAAACAUUUACCAACAAAAGUAAUUUGGAUAAGCACAAACGAGUUCAUACAGGUGAAAGACCGUUUUCUUGCAAAGAAUGUGACAGGUCUUUUAUCCACAGUAGUGCCUUAACAGAUCACAUUAGAAGAGCUCACACAGGUGAGCGUCCAUACCUUUGCAAAACCUGUGGGAAACGAUUCGUUAGCUCAUCUAAUCGUUCACAACACAUGAAAUCCUGUGCACACAAGUAACCAUGUGUACACACUUGUUGGAGAUUGAGUUUAAGUGAUAGAUUAAUCUCUGUUAAUAAGCCUAAAACAGUUUUCCUUUGAAGGAGGUUCACAGUGCCUUAGUCCCAUUCAGAUGUCUGAAGAUGCAUCCAUCUCUAACAUUUUUGCACUAGUCAACCUUUACGGCCUCUUUGUCCCUUGCUGCUUUUUGCUUUUUAUUUUUCUGCAUUUAUGUCCUGUUGAAUGUAAAAAGCCGUUAUUAAUCUCCAAUUUUCUCUAAGGGACGACCUAUCUGUCUUUGAUUUAAAAAAAAAACUACAUCCUGUCACACAGCACAUAAACUCUUGUUGCUCAGUGUUUUCAUCAGAUUGACUUUGAGGUUAAGAAAAUGUGAUACAACUGAAGCUGUGGUUGAGCUUACUUGGAAAUAUUUGAUAAGGAGGGACAUGCUGAUGGUUUGGUUGAUAUUUGUCCUUCCCAGAAAUCAAAUGACAGCAUGAUGAUUUGAUCAAAUUAAAACUGUUACUUAUAUAACUAAAUAUUUUCUCUGUACCUGAUGAAACACAGUUGACCAACACCAGCAGAAGACAUGACCCCAUGGACAGAUUAACAGUGAUUAUAACUGACUUUUCUGCUCUAAAAAUCUCUCUGUUUUGGGGAUUAAGCUGAAUGUUAGCAUAAACCUUAUUCUACCCAAGAGCCAUGUGUCUUAAAAUACUUCAGCGAGAGCCACAAUCCAAAACUGGGGAUGUAAGGUAGAUCCAUAGAUCAACUGAUCCAUAGCUGAAAAAAAAAUGAAACAGUGAAUUGUUGGAUUAUUGUGUAAUUAAAUAGGCCACAUAAGAGUUAACAAUGUCAUUUCAACCAUUAUUCACUCCGACCAGGUCGGUUUUGUUAAAGUUAGGACCUCUUCAGAUAGUCUUAGGCGUCUUUUGUACCUAAUCUGGAAAACCAAGGACCUAAAUAUCCCAAAUGCUGCGCUUUCCUUAGAUGCAGAUAAAGCGUUUGACCAGGUUUGCUGGGGCUAUUUACAUUUCUCUCUCAAAGAAUUUUGAUUUGGAACCUUAUUUCAAAUCUCAAGUCUAUUGUAACAUCUAAUGGUUUAAGAUCAAACGCUUUCCCGGUAGGACGUGGAACAAAACAAGGUGACCUACUUUCACCACUCCUUUUCAUUAUUGAUCUGGAACCUCUUGCAGAGGCUAUAAGACUUAAUAAUGCAAUAAAAGGGAAUUGAAAUUGGGGAGCAAGAACACAAAAUAUCAAUUUUUGCAGAUGACAUUUUGGUCCUGAUGUCAGACUCAAAUGGGUCUGUUCCCCCUCUAUUGAACCUAGUGGACUUAUUCUCAGGCAUAUCGGGGUAUAAAAUAAACUGGACCAAGUGUGAGGUGAUGCCCUUAUCCAAGUCUUGCUUCAGAUCUCUUUUUCAAAACUAGAACUUCCUGUGGGUCACCAAAACCUUAAGUAUUUGGGUAUGCUUUUAAACCCGGGGGUGGAAAAUAUUAUCUCUGAUAACUUUGACUCAGCCUGAAUAAGAUACAACUCCUAAUAAAGGGAUGGGACAAACUACAAAUUUCAUUAUGGGGAAGAGUUCAAGUAACAAAAAUGGUAAUAGCACCUAAACUAAAAUACCUAAACUAACAAAAUUCAAAAGAGAUCAAUCUGACUACAAAGAAGACAAAGUUUACACAUGGAAGCAAAGAACCAACCACAAAACCCAGCCACAAAGGAGGAGAACAGUAUCCUUUCAACUACCAAGCAGCGAUGAAGACCAUUCAGAGAUGGACGACUCCUCUGUAACCAAUUUUUUAGGAUCAAGACCAAAGAGAGACAACAGAACCAGACGACGACAAGGCGGAAGACCAGAAGAGGCAGAGGCAAGUCAACAAAAAGCCCAAAGUCAAGGCAGAUACACCAGGAGCAAGACAAGAAUGAACAAGUGAUUAACAUCUCAGGUGUUCCACUCACACACAAUCAUGUCUCCGUGCUGUCUAAAGGCCUAACUUUUGCCCCCACAAACACAACCAAAGAAUUUCAAACCAAGGUGGAUUUGUUCAAAUUUUAUCGCAAUCUUCAGCUGAAAGUUUGGUACAGCACUAAUCCGAAUCAAGCUGCCUCUCGCUCUCAUUUUCAGACAGAACCUACACAAACAUUUUUUAAGCCUAAGUCCACCUUUAUCCCUACCACAUUCCACCCUACUUUGAACACCUUUUACAAAAAAGUUACAUAUGAAGUGGACAAACUGUUUGCCUCAAAGACUAAAAGAGAAAGGAACCUGUCAAAAGAAGAAAAUGAGGCACUAAAAUGGCUUUCAACUAAUGAUGACAUCAUAAUCAAGAGAGCAGACAAAGGAGGAGCUGUGGUGGUGUGGGGCAGAGACCAGUAUGUCACAGAGGCCUUGAGACAGCUGAACAACAGUGAGUACUACCAGCCUUUAAUGUCUAAUCCAACAGAACAAAUAAAGACUGAACUUAAAGAAAUGCUCUUACAUGCAAA